CGUGAAAAUAUAAAUUACUUUUUUAUUGUACGUGAAUGGAAAAGUAAUACAGCCGUAUUUUUUUGCGAAAAAUACAGUUUUGCACAGUUAAGAAAAAUAUCUGUAUUUUCCUUCUUCAUAAAAAGGCGUCAAGAUAUAAAUAACUUUGUAGUUAUCACACAAAAGAAAAAGGAGACUUUUUUAUUUAAAAAAUCUCUUAAAAAUUAAUUUAGCUUUUUACACUGUAUCUCCGAGAUAUGUAUACUUUCAUUGAUUUUUUUCGCUUCUUGAUGUACAUAAGUUGAAAAAAUUUCAAAUUUCCAGUGGUAUCUCUAUUUUCCAAAACUCAAAUCUUCUGUUUUAAAGAGUUAUUUACAGUCAUUUGUAAUCUGUAAUCUAUUUCUUUUAUAGGUUUUACAUACGUACCAUCGCUCUUAAUGAUUAGCGCAUUAGCAUAGCUCUAGCGAGCAUUUAGCGUCGCAAUAGCAUGAAAUAACAAAGUUAAGUAGUUUAAGGAAAAGCGGUACACAAUAAAUUAUAAGCGUAUCUACAAACCGGCAUCAUUGUACGGUAUUAAUAAAUAUGAAAUAUUUCGCUUAUUACGCAAGAAAGAACAUUAGUCAUAUUUUUCAUAGAUGUAAAACCGUGAAUAUAGGAAAGUAAUUUAGGUAGCUGAUUUAGUCUUUAAUUGAAUCUAUCUUCAAGAAGAAAAGUAUAGUUAUGAGUGAAAGGUGCAUUUCUAGGUUGUUAACAUACGUUGUUAAAUAUCCAGAAUAUUUAUUCAAAAACUGAUAUGUAAAUUGUGUUUGAUACGCGCAAAAUUGUCAUAUAAUUUUCAAAUAUAUUUUUAUAUUUUUUCUAUUUUUCUCUCUUCCUUUUUUAAAUUAAUUUUAUUAUGACAGAGAAUCAAUUGUACACGUUUAGAGAGAAUGAACAGUCAUCAUCGAUAAAUCCAUGUGAGUGUGCGAACCAAUACACAGUAUUCGAUCUAGAGAAAUACGGUCCCUAUCUCGACAAGAUUCGAGCACUCUUUGUGUCUAGUCUGGAACAUAGAGUUCAGUCCUUGUUGGAGGAAUUCGUGUAUAGCACAAAUUCCCGAUGGGCCAAGCAGUUUCCAUGUUUCAAAAAAUUUGUCAAUGUGAUAAUUAUGUGGAAGGAUCCUCUGAAUAGAGUCGCCGAAUACGAUAUAAAUAUGAUAGAAGAAAUUAUGAGAAAUAUCGUCAAACGCAUGAUAAAGGACGAUCUGAUCAACUGCUUUCUUGAUUCUGUCAUUUUGCAUCAAAGAUUAAGUAAAGUUUGUCAUGAGCUAGACGCAUUAGGCAUCAAUGAUAAUAUUUUAAGAAAUUUGAACGUAUGGGAGUUUGUCAACGAGCAAGGCUAUUUGGAUCACAAUUGUUUCACAAAUUUCAAUACUGCAAUGGAAUGUAACACAGUGUCCUGCAAUAGAAAAAAAUCAAUCCGGUGUAAAAAAGCUAUCAAGCCGCUAGCAAAAAACGUUUAUGACAAAAAUACCGAGCGCAUACGACCAACGACGUCAAAAUACCGAGAACAUCAGGUUCUUGAUCUAAACCGAAAUUUUCUUCAACAAGAAGAAGAUAAUUCGAAUCAUUAUUCUAUGUGCGUAACAAAUGGAUCGCAAAAUGAUAGUACUAACAAAAUAAACAAAUCUUUUAAUGAGAAAUCUUGCAACACCGAAUCGAAGAAGAUACGGAAUGAUUUGAAAUUAAAGAUAAUUGUUCAUAAAGUGUAUCUAAGAGAUUAUAAAUAUUCAACAUUUUCGAGCUUUAAUGUUACUCGUUUACCUUUGCCUUGCAAGCCGAGCAAUUUAAUUAGGCAAAUUUUCGAAGCUGAUCCAUUUUUAACCGAAUCUUGCUUGAUAGUGAUGAAGCGAAAGUUUGAAGAUAGCAUGUACAAUGUUUGCUCGUGUCUCAAUAGCGUUCUUGAAAAAUUAGAUAACAAGCUGACAAAAGCAUUAUGUCUCAAUUGCGAAAUAUAUCCUGGAUAUAUCAGUUUCAAGUUAAAAGUCAACAAUAUUAAAAAAUACUUUUUCGUCGCGAGAGUAUCGAUUUGUCAAAAUGUCCAUAAAUGUACGAUUCAACAAGAUCUCUCUAUUUUGUCCUCUAAUUCAAAAUCAAGUAAUAAAAUCAACGAAUCAAAAUGUUUUAAAAACAAUGAUACAAAUUUUAACGAUGCAUUUGGACAUGCCGAUGAAGAAAUUAAAAAACUCGACACACACUAUUCACAAUCAGAUCGAAGCUCCAUAAAAGACAUGGCGAUAGAUACGUCGCAAAACGAAGCAGGAAAUAUUAAUGAGAAAAGGAUUACAUGUAUGGUUAAUGAGAAUGUUUCGAGAUAUUUUCAAAACCUUGCGAUCUUUUCUCAUAAUAACUCUUGCAAAGAUACUGUCGAAGAAAUAUCUAAUAUGACAUCAUACGUUGAUAAUUCUGAAGAAAGAAAUAAAGAAUACUGUAAAGUUUCGAAUUCGAUAGGAAUUAAUUGUGACGAAUGUGAUGAUAUGGAAAAGGAUAAAAAAAAGAUUUUUGAGUCGAGUAAUUCAAUUAUAAAAAGUGACACGUUUACGGAGUUAGUAAAUAAUGCAAAUUGCACAUGUUUAUCGUAUGAAAAUAUUAUCGAUAUAAACAAUGGAAUUAAAGAUAUUUUUGGUAAUAAAGAGUUAGACAAUUUUUCGCAGACCACAAGCAUUAACGAAUACGAUUGGACUCGUUCGUCGUCGGAUAAAAAAUCGAAUCUAGAAAAUGAACUUUGUAAUAGAUGCAGUAUUACAUCAUUCGCACAAAAUUCUGAAUAUGAUAAACAAUUGGUAGAAUUAAAUUGUAAUCGUUUCUCAAACAAUAAUAUCAAUAUAAUUGAUAAAAACUUCGAUAUGCAGGAAAAUAAUAGUUUAUUAAGUUCGACGAAAGUAGAAAUUGGAUGUAAAUGUAUAAACUCAUAUUGUUCCUGUCGAUGUGAGGAUUUUGUAGACAUCGCAGUCAUUGAUAACAGUUCUAAAGAAAAUAUUGUUUGUGCUUGUGAAACAUCUCAAAAUAAUUUUGAUACAGUAAAAUCUCAAAAUACGGACUGUUCCAAGACAGUGCAGAUUUUACCAUCUAGAAGCAACAAUUUGCUAACGAUUUCGGUUCAUAUGCCUAGAUCAAAGGUAUUAUCGAAAGAAAUCAAUGUAGACACAUGUCAUUCUCAAACAAUUUGGUUGACAUCUGAUAAUGAUAAAAAUAUAUCUACUCUCAUGGAAAGAAGUGAUGGAUGCAAUAAAAUAGCAAAUCUUUCUACUCAUACUUUAAUUUCUAAGACAAAAAAUAAAAAUAUUCCUUACGAAAAUAAAGAAAUUUUAGAUGUAAAAGAUGAGACACAUGAUUUUAUUACAUCACCGGAAAGAUUUUUCGCAUCGAAAGAGAGAUUCCGAUUCAACGGAGACUCAAGAAAUUCCGGUAUCUCGACAGGAGAAUAUCUACGCGCGGAAAAUCACUCGACGUGUGCGACAUCCAAUGUAUCCCUAUACUGUCAUUCGUUUGCAGCGACAAGUGAAUUCACGAUGAGCGGCAGGCAAGAUGGAUUUCAAAAGUCAAAACUUCGCGAAUGCAAAUGCACGAAAUCACGGAACGGUAUCCGUAACGUAACUUCGACAAUGAUCAAACACAGAACAGCAUCUCGCAGAUAUCCAAAUGAUUAUUCUGCGGAAAUACGACCACAAACGAUACUCGCGAUGACAAAGUUUCGAAAUUCCGUCGACAAGUCUAUCGACAGAAUAAAGGAUCUGAUUCGCGAAAAGUUGGGAAGGAUAUUGUUUAACAAUAAAAUAAACAAUAAUAAUAAAAUGAUUAAAAAUUUUUGGAAAAAUAAAGAAUUUUCUAAAGAUACUAGAAGGAAAAAGACAAACGACAAAUAUACAAGACAGGUAUAUUUCUUCUUAAAAGAUUACAGCAUAACUUCAUGCUCAACUUGUGAUUGCCGUAGACAAGGCUAUACCACAUCUUCUCGCGAAUCUUCGAACAUAAUUCUAUCAAUUAGUACAAUACAGAAGAGAAGACGUAAAAGAAAUAUUAAUAAUUGUAACUACAAAUUGACCGAUAGUAACAAGGCUUUGUUAAGCUUCCGCUCGAUCAAAACUUCUCCGUCUUAUGAUUCGCUAACUAGUAUAACCAAAGAUAUUAAAAAGCAAAAAUUGAAUAGAAACAAUCGAUCGCAAUAUGAUAGAAAGGAAAAAAUUGAUAACAUUAUAAACUGUAACAGAAACUCCCACCGAUACAAAUUGAAAAAGUCGAGGACAAGUGUAACGAUUUCUUCGCAAUCGACCAAAGUAUCUCUCACAGAGAAUGAAUCGAAUUAUUCUGGACAUUACACGUGUAAACAGCAAAACAAGACAUGUGAAAAUAAGCGCAUCUGUAAGCAAGUGCAUAAUCAAGAUCAGCGUAAAAAUGAGCAAGUGCAGCAGGAAUGUGAACAAUACGGGAAUAAAAACAAAUAUCGAGAUGUAUCGAUUAAAUAUUCUAAUGUCAAUAGCAAUGAAUCUUUAAAAACUUCAUUAUCAUACACUUGGAGGGGAAACGCUAGAAAUGUAUAUAAACAAUUUUAUGAUAUUUCGGAACUAAAAAAUGUAAAGAGAUUUGUAGGUUCAAGAAAGAAUGGACAAAUAUUUGAGAAAGAUAUGUCCAAUCAUUCCGAUGAUAAUCUACGCAAAAGACAUGUCUUUGCCAUUUUAACCGAUGUCUACAAUGAUUACAUGGACGAUUUUGAUCUAAACUUUAAAUUAAAACUGUUGCGAUAUGUAGAACUAUGUAAGAGCAUCAAGCAUUUGUUGAUGAGGACAUUACAACCGAAUGACAUUUAUGAAGUUAGCAUGGCAUCAGUAUCUGAUAGCGAUUUGUGAAAGAGUUUGUUUUAUUAUGAUAUUGUCUCGCAUUGAUAUUGUCGCGAAAUGUUAUAAAAUAAUAUGUCACAUAAUUUUCAAUGUUAAUAGUACCGUUGAAAGCAUCUUUCAACAACUUACGUUAAAAUGAUCGAGAUUCUCUUCAUUUGAUAUCUUCUUUUAUCAUGGAAAUUUAGUUUUAUAUAAAUCUCGGAAAAGAUAAUAGUUGAAAUAUUGAGUGUAUACUAAAUGCACUAAGGUAAACGCUAAACUAAAAAUAUUGUGUGUGUGUGUAACAAUUACAAAAUAUGAAUCUAUCUAAUACUGACUUUAUGACAAAACUAUUUUAUAUGACUUGUAUCUUAAAUGUGACAAUGAAUGGCGAUGAAAUACAUUGCUCAAGAUCUUAAAUAAAAAUUUUGCAUUAUUGAUUA